CCCUCCCCCCGUCCCUCAUUUGCAUCCCGCCAGGCCCCGCCCCCCAAGAUGGCCGACCCCAUCAUGGACCUCUUUGACGACCCCAACCUGUUCGGCCUCGACCCCCUCCCCCCCGAGGAGCUCGUGGCCCCGCCCCCCGCCCCGCCCCCUUCCUCCUCGGAGGCCACGCCCCCUGCCGACCCAUUGGCCGAGGCGCUGGGGCUCUCGGGGGCGCUGGACCCGCCCCCGAAUCUGCCCCAAAACCCCCAAAAUUUACCCCAAAAUCCGCCCCAAAACCCCCAAAAUCCGCCCCAAAAUCUGCCCCAAAACCCCCCGAAUCCGCCCCAAAAUCCGAGCCCCGCCCAGCCGGAACCGGAAGUGCUGAGCCAGGGCAACCCCUUCAUGGGCGUGGCCGCCCCCGCCCCCGCGGCCCCGCCCCCCAAGAUCGUCAUCCUCAAAGCCCCGCCCCCCGCCGGGGGAGGCCCCGCCCCCGCGGCCGCGCCCAAUGGCGGCAAAGUCACCUUGGCCAAGGUGUUGGCCCCGCCCACCGUGCGGGCGGGGGGCGUGGCUGCGGCGGCGGGGGGCGUGGCCGCGGCAGCAGCAGGGGGCGUGGCCUCGGCGGCAGGGGGCGGGGCCAGGCAGGUGAAGCAGCUGCUGCUGCAGCCCCUGAAGGCGGCGACGUCAGGGGGCGGAGUCACGGCUGGGGCCACGCCCCUGAAACACCUGGGGAGCCUGGGGCCCGCUCAGGGCGAGUCCAAGCGCAUCACGCUGGUGCUGCAGCAGACACCCGGCCCCGGCGCCACACCUGGCCAGCGCCACGUCGUCCUGGGCACGCUGCCCGGCAAGCUCCUCCUGCAGGGCGGGGCCGCGGCCGCCCGCGCCACGCCCAAGGCCGCGCCCGGCGCCGCCCCGGCCAAGGUGGUGACCAUCCAGCUGCAGGUGCAGCCGCCGGCCGCGGCCGGGCAAGGGGGCGGGCAGAAGAUCCAGCUGAUCCAGCCCGGGGCGGGGCCCGUGGGCGUGGCCCAGGUGCCGCAGGUGGUGGGCGGGGCCGGGCAGAGGCUGACGGUGCCGCUCAAGGUGGUGCUGCAGCCGCAGGCCAGCUCCUCCUCCGGCCCCGCCUCGUCCGGCCUCUCGGUGGUCAAGGUGCUGGGCGGCUCCGAGAUGACCACGCUGACCACCACCCCCACGCCGUCGCCGCGCGCGGGCGGGCCGGGCGCCGCGGACGAGAGCCGGCGUCUGGAGCACCAGAAGAAGCAGGAGAAGGCGAACCGCAUCGUGGCCGAGGCCAUCGCGCGCGCCCGCGCCCGCGGCGAGCAGAACAUCCCGCGCGUGCUCAACGAGGACGAGCUGCCCAGCGUGCGGCCCGAGGACGAGGGCGAGCGCAAGCGCCGGCGCCGCGAGCGGCCCGCCGCCAAGGAGGAGCGCCCGCGCCGCGGCAAGGGGCAGCCCCGCGGCAAGGCCCGCGCCAAGGCCAGCACCAUCACGCCGGUGGUCAGCAAGAAGCGCAAGCGCAACGCCAGCUCGGACAACUCGGACUCGGAGGCGCUGCCGGCGCCGUCCCCGCGCCAGGACGACGACGGCGGGGGCGGGGGCGGGGGCGGAGUCCAGAAGCGCCGCUCGAACCGGCAGGUGAAGCGGAAGAAGUACACGGAGGACCUGGACAUCAAGCUGACGGACGACGAGGAGCUGGACGAGGAGCUGGACGUGACGGGGCCGGCGCGGCCGGAGAGCGCUGACCACGAGCGGCCGCCGGCGCCCGGCGCGCUGACCACGGACGGCGAGGGCGCGGACGCGGCGCUGCCCUCCAUGCAGUUCUUCGUGGAGAACCCGAGCGAGGAGGACGCGGCCAUCGUGGACAAGGUGCUGUCCAUGCGCGUGGUCAAGAAGGAGCUGCCGUCGGGACAGUUGGUGGAGGCCGAGGAGUUCUUCGUCAAGUACAAGAACUACUCGUACCUGCACUGCGAAUGGGCGACGAUCGCGCAGCUGGAGAAGGACAAGCGCAUCCACCAGAAGCUGAAGCGCUUCAAGACCAAGAUGAACCAAAUGCGGCAUUUCUUCCACGAGGACGAGGAGCCCUUCAACCCCGACUACGUGGAGGUGGAUCGGAUCCUGGACGAGUCGCACAGCGUGGACAAGGACAACGGCGAGCCCGUGGUGUAUUACCUGGUGAAAUGGUGCUCGCUGCCCUACGAGGACAGCACCUGGGAGCUGCAGGAGGACGUGGACGAGGCCAAGGUGGCCGAGUUCAAGCGGAUCCAGGCGCGGCACCCCGAGCUCAAGCGACAGCCCCGCCCCCAGGCCGGCGCCUGGAAGAAGCUCGAGGCGUCGCACGAGUACAAGAACCACAACCAGCUGCGGGAGUACCAGCUGGAGGGCGUCAACUGGCUGCUCUUCAACUGGUACAACAGGCAGAACUGCAUCCUGGCGGACGAGAUGGGGCUGGGCAAGACGAUCCAGUCGAUCGCCUUCCUGCAGGAGGUGCACGGCGCAGGUGUGCGCGGCCCCUACCUGGUGAUCGCGCCGCUCUCCACCAUCGCCAACUGGGAGCGCGAGUUCGGCACCUGGACGCACCUGAACACCAUCGUGUACCACGGCAGCCUGGCCAGCCGGCAGAUGAUCCAGCAGUACGAGAUGUACUGCAAGGACGGCAAGGGCCGGCUGAUCCCGGGCGCGUACAAGUUCGACGCGCUGAUCACGACGUUCGAGAUGAUCCUGUCGGACUGCCCCGAGCUGCGCGAGGUCCAGUGGCGCUGCGUGGUCAUCGACGAGGCGCACCGCCUCAAGAACCGCCACUGCAAGCUGCUCGACAGCCUCAAGCACAUGGACCUGGAGCACAAGGUGCUGCUGACGGGCACGCCCCUGCAGAACACGGUCGAGGAGCUCUUCAGCCUCCUGCACUUCCUGGAGCCCUCGCAGUUCCCGUCCGAGGCCGAGUUCCUCAAGGACUUCGGGGACCUGAAAACGGAGGAGCAGGUGCAGAAGCUGCAGGCCCUGCUGAAGCCCAUGAUGCUGCGGCGCCUCAAGGAGGACGUGGAGAAGAACCUGGCGCCCAAGCAGGAGACCAUCAUCGAGGUGGAGCUGACCAACGCGCAGAAGCGCCUGUACCGCGCCAUCCUGGAGAGGAACUUCGCCUACCUGGCCCGGGGGGCGGGGCACGGCAACGUGCCCAACCUGCUCAACACCAUGAUGGAGCUGCGCAAGUGCUGCAACCACCCCUACCUCAUCAACGGUGCGGAGGAGCAGAUCGUGGCCGAGCUGAGGGCCUCCCUGCCCGCGCUGCCGGGCCCCGAGCUGGCGCUGCAGGCCCUGGUGCGCUCGGCCGGCAAGCUGGUGCUGCUGGACAAGCUGCUGCCCCGGCUGCGCGCCGGCGGCCACAAGGUGCUGGUCUUCUCGCAGAUGGUGCGCUGCCUGGACAUCCUGGAGGACUACCUCAUCCAGAAACGGUACCCGUACGAGCGCAUCGACGGGCGCGUGCGGGGCAACCUGCGCCAGGCCGCCAUCGACCGCUUCAGCCGGCCGGACUCGGACCGCUUCGUGUUCCUGCUGUGCACGCGCGCCGGCGGGCUGGGCAUCAACCUGACGGCCGCCGACACCUGCAUCAUCUUCGACUCGGACUGGAACCCCCAGAACGACCUCCAGGCGCAGGCGCGCUGCCACCGCAUCGGGCAGAGCAAGGCGGUCAAGGUCUACCGUCUGAUCACGCGGAACUCGUACGAGCGCGAGAUGUUCGACAAGGCCAGCCUGAAGCUGGGGCUGGACAAGGCCGUGCUGCAGAGCAUGAGCGGCCGCGAGGGCUCCAUCCCCGGGAUCCAGCAGUUCUCCAAGAAGGAGAUCGAGGACCUGCUGCGCAAGGGCGCCUACGCCGCCAUCAUGGACGAGGACGACGAGGGCGCCAAGUUCUGCGAGGAGGACAUCGAGCAGAUCCUGCUGCGGCGCACCACCACCAUCACCAUCGAGAGCGAGGGCAAGGGCUCCACCUUCGCCAAGGCCAGCUUCGUGGCGUCCGAGAACCGCACGGACAUCGCGCUGGACGACCCCAACUUCUGGCAGAAAUGGGCCAAGAAAGCCGACCUGGACCUGGAGCUGCUCAACAGCAAGAACACAUUGGUCAUCGACACGCCGCGUGUCCGGAAGCAGACGCGCCAUUUCAGCACGCUGCGCGACGAUGACCUGGUGGAGUUCUCGGACCUGGACAGCGACGACGACCUCGAGCGGCCGGAGCGGGCCGGGGGCGCGCCCAGGACGCGGCGCAGCGGCCACCACCACGGCCACCACCACCAUGGUCACCAGCAUGGUCACCACCAGCAUGGUCACCAGCAGCAUGGUCAGCAUGGACAGCAGCACGGACAGCACCCCCAUGGUCAGCACGCGGCUCCGGCCGCUCCGGCCGCUCCGGCCACAGCGCCGUUCGCCAGGAGCGACUGCGUCAGGGUGGAGAAACACCUGAUGGUGUACGGGUGGGGCCGGUGGCGGGAGCUGGCCGCCCAGGGCCGCUUCAAGCGCCGCCUGUCGGAGCGGGACGUGGAGAGCCUGGGCCGGGCCAUCGUCCUGUUCUGCCUGCGGCACUUCCGCGGCGACGACGGCACGCGGGCCUGGGCGUGCGCCCUGCUGAGCCCUGGACACAAUAACGGCCGGGCACGGACGGCCCUGGGGUCGCCGGCGCUGCCGCGGGGCCGCAAGGGCCGGAAGGCGCCGAAGCUUCCGGAAGGUUCCGCGGGCGCCGAGUGGCUGCUGCAGACGAGGGCUACCGGAAGCACCUGCGGCACCACUCGCGGCAAGCUGCUGCUGCGCGUGCGCGCCCUGCACUUCCUGCGGCACGAGGUCAUCGGCGACGAGGCCGAGCGCGUCCUGGCCGGGGCCAGCGCCAGCGACGUCCACAUCUGGUUCCCGCCGCUGGAGCAGCCGGAGCCGCCCUCGGCCUGGUGGGACCCCGAGGCCGACAAAUCGCUGCUGAUCGGGGUCUUCAAGCACGGGUACGAGCGGUACCACACGAUGCGGGCGGACCCCGCCCUGUGUUUCCUGGCCCGGGCCGGGGGUCCCGAUGCCGCGGCCGUGGCGGUCCGAGCAGCGCCUGGAGGGGCCCGAGGGGGCCGACUUGGACAAAGACCCCGAGGACCCCGAGUACAAACCCUGCAGGGAGGAGAGGAGGGCGACCCCCUGGCCGGGCUGGACGAGGAGAUCUCGGUGGUGGACGGCGACGAAGGAUCAGCCUCCUGCUCCUCGUGGCCCUCGGGCGCCGCCCUGAGCGCGCGGUUCCGCCGCCUGCUGGGGGCGCUGCAGCGCUGCCGGGAGCCGCCCCCGGAGCCGCCCCGCGACCCCCAGACCCAAAACAGCGACGAGAGGGGCACCGGCAACGAGGGGGGCAACAACGGGGGCAACAACGGCUCCGAGAGGGGCAACAGCGCAGCGAGCGGCUGGCGGCAGCGGCGCGGCCACGACCCCGCGCGCCGCGACAAACUGCAGCGCUGGACCCGGCGGGAGCAGGCGGAUUUCCUGCGCGUGGCCUCGUCGUUCGGCGUGGAGCUGGAGCCGGGCGGCUCGGGCCGGUUCCGCUGGGGCCGGUUCCGCGCGCUGGCCGGUCUGGAGCGGCGCUCGGACGAGGAGCUGACGCGCUUCUACCACGGCUUCGUGGCCAUGUGCCGCAGGUCUGCCGCCUGCCGCCCGGCGCCCGGAGACGGUAAUGGGCACAAAAACCACAAUUUGGGGCAAAAAAACACAGUUCCGGGGCUUUUGCGGCGUUUCGGGAGAGUUCGACCCAAAAUCGAGGUGUUUUGGCUGAAUCGGGAGGUUUGAACCCAAAUCAAAGGCUUUGAACCCACAUUCAGAGGUUUAGAGGCUUUUUACCAGCUGCCGCCCCUACCUGGAGACGGUGAUGGGCUGAAAUCCUGAGGUUUUGGGCGAUUUUGGGGUUUUUGCAGCAUUUUGGGAGAAUUCGACCCAAAAUUGAGGUGUUUCGGCUGAAAUCGGGAGGUUUGAACCCAAACCGGGGGGUUUGAGCCAUAAAUCAGCGAGUUUAGGUUGCUUUAGGGAGUCUCUGGUACCUGCUGCCCACACGUGAAGGUGGCAAUGGGUUCAAUUCCUGAGAUUUUGGGCAAUUUUGGGGUGUUUUGGGCGCUUUGGAGGGAUCUGACUCAUCAUUCUGGUGUUUGGCCCAAAAUCAGGAGGUUUGGACCCAAAUCGAGGGCUUGGAACCCAAAUUCAGAGGGUUUAGAGGCUCUUUACCCGCUGCUGGUUGUGCCCGGAGACGGUAAUGGCCGCGAGAAACAGCAAUUCGGGGCAAAAAACCGCAGUUUCGGGGCUUUUGCGGCGCUUCGGGGCCGUUCGGGCGGCUUUACCCGAAAUCGGGAGGUUUGAACCCAAAUCGAGGGCUUGAACCCGCAAUCAGGGGGUUUAGGUGCUCUUUGCCAGCUGCCACCCCUACCUGGAGGCGGUGAUGGGCUGAAAUCCUGAGGUUUUGGGCAAUUUUGGGGGUUUUGGGAGAUUUGGGUUGGUUUGAAAUGAAAUCGGGAGCUUUGAACCCAAAUCGAGGGGUUUGAACUCAAAUGGAGGAAUUUAACCCAUUUUUACCUCAUUUUUACCCCAUUUUUCACCUGUUUUUACCCCACUUUUAACCAAUUUUUAACUCGUUGUUUACUCCGUUUUGGACUCAUUUUUAUUCCAUUUAUAACCCAAUUUUACUUCUUUUUUUGCCCUAGUUUUAACCAAUUUUGACUAAAUUUUUACUCCAAUUUUAUUUCAUU